CCAUGACCAGCCAAGGAAGUCCUGGUGUGGAGUGUUCUACAACAACAGUCAGUUCAGUAGCUGUGCAGGCUGGGGAUUCCAAAAUCAUUAUAGCUGUCAUAAAGUGUGGCAAGUGGGUACAACUUCAACUGGCUGAAUCACAGCCCAAUCUUCUAGAAAUUGGUAGCAGUCAAGAUGAAGCCAAAAAACUUCUUCAUGAUCAUGAACUUCUUUUGGCCAAGCUCAAGGCUUUGGAAGACCGGGUAUGGGAACUCUUGCAGGAAGCAGACAAGACAGCUGAAGAGAAUGAGGAUCAGAGUCAGGUGUACGACGCCAUGGCCAAGACCCUGGCUGAAGCGUGGGCGACCCUGGUCUCCAUGCUUGAAAGAAGAAGGGAGCUCCUUAGGUUGACCUCUGAAUUUUUUGAAAAUGCCUUGGAGUUUGCUAUUAAAAUAGACGAAGCUGAAGAUUUUCUCCAGAAUACUCAUGAGUUUGAGAGUGCUGAGUCCCUAAAAUCACUUCUUCAACUUCAUGAGCAACAUGCUAAAGAACUCCUAGAACGAUCUCUAGCCCUUUUAAACAAAAGUCAACAACUCACCGACUUCAUAGAAAAAUUCAAGUGUGAUGCACCUAAUGUGAGUCCUGAGUUGAUUCAGGGAGCUCAGAGCAGCUGUCUGAAGAUUGACAGCCUUCUUGAAGUUCUGCAGGACAGGAGAAGGCAACUAGACAAGUACCUGAAGCAACAGUGGCAAGAACUGGAUCAGGUUCUGCAGAUAUGUCAGUGGGACCAACAAGAAAACCAGGUUACUCAUUGGUUUCAGAAAACCAUAAAAGAUUUACAGGAACAAAGUCUAGGUUCAUCACUGUCAGACAAUGAGGAGCUAAUUCGUAAGCAUGAAGAACUGAUAAUAAAAGCAAAGGAAUGGAAUUCUACUGUUGAGAGGCUGAAGAGUGAGGCAGUGGGGAUUCUACUGUCAAAGGACUAUGUGGAGAAAGAACACCUACAGAUUUCCAACCAGAAACUGAAUCAGCUUCAAGAAGAAUUUGGCCAACUCAUGGUGGAAAGGAAAACCUGGUUGAAAAAGACAAAUGAUUUUUUUAACAGUGCUAACAAGGCAUUUGAUGUACUUGGAAGAGUUGAAGCUUACCUUAAGCUCCUUAAAUCAGAGGGUUUAAGUCUGCCUGUCUUGGCAGCAAGGCAUGAGGAAUUACACAGAGAAAUUAAAGACUGCACAGCUGAUGCUUUUCAAAAGGGACAAACCUUAAUCAGCCAAGUAGACUCCUGCAGCUCUCGGGUGACUGGCAUCCAGGAGAUGAUGGGGUGCAUUCAGAGACGAGUGGAUCAUCUGACCGAACGAUGUUCAGCACACAAGGAAUUUGCUCUUAAGAAACAGCAAUUAACAGCCUCAGCAGAGGGUUACCUAAGGAAGGUGGAAAUGUCAAUUCAGAAAAUCAGUCCAGUACUCUCUAAUGCAAUGGAUGUCGGUUCCAGCCUUUCUGAUUCAGAGAAGAUUUUGAAUAAAUAUCUAGAACUAGAUAUCCAAGCUAAGGAGACAUCACAUGAAUUAGAAGCAGCUGCAAAAAUCAUGACAGAGAAAAAUGAAUUUGAACCUGAUGGAGUGGCAUCACUUUCUUCUAAAGCUAAACUGCUAGAGGAAGAAUUAAAUAUACUUGGCCAAAGCAUUGGCUCCAGGUCACAAGUUCUGCAAACUUAUGUGGCAUUUCUAAAGUCAUCAAAGGAGGUAGAGGAGCAGUUUCAGAGCCUAAAGGAGUUUUAUCAAACUGAAAUCUCUCAGAAGGAAGAGGAUGAUGCUAAAGCCGGAUAUUGGUCUGACUCAGCUGAGAAGCAGUGGCAGCUAUUUUUAAAGAAGAGUUUUUUAACCCAAGACCUAGGGCUUGAGUUUCUUAAUUUAAUAAAUAUGGCAAAAGAGAAUGAAAUAUUAAAUGUGAAAAAUAAAGUGUACAUCAUGGAGAACACUAUGGAAAACCGGAAGGCAGAAAGGGAAGAACUUAGCCACCUUCGGAUGUCACAGCAACUUAAAGCCACUGAAAGCCAGCCUGUGAAACAGCGGUGGGGAGCAUUCAAAGAGAAACUUAAAAAGACUACUCACAACUUAAAACUUCUUCAGGAAGUACUUAUGCCUGUUUCUGCACUUGACCUUGGAGGGAGCCUCCAGACCAUUUUAGAUUUACGAAAAAAAUGGAAUGAAAUGAAGCCUCAGUUCCAGCAACUGAAUGAUGAGGUUCAGUACAUUAUGAAAGAAUCAGAAGAGAUAAGUGGCAGAGGAGCCCCCAUGAAAGAAAGGUCUCAACAACUGAAAGACCUUGUUCAUCUCCAUCAAAAGCAGAAAGAGAGAAUCCAAGAUUAUGAGGAUAUCCUGUACAAGAUUGUCCAGUUCCUCCAAGUCAAGGAGAAGCUGGGACAUCUCAUCAGUUCGAGAGAACUGGAGUUUCUAGAGCAGACGAAGGAACUGGAUGAUGUUCACGAGGCCCAGAUUUACCUCGGUCACUCUCAGGACAAGCAGGCUCAUGUGGACCGUCUCUGUAAUCUGGCCCUCUCCUUAGGAGUAGGCCUCAUCUCAUCAGUGCAGCGGCCUAACUGCUCCAGUGUUUCUGCAAAGAGCCUGCAGCAGCAGCUGGAGACCCUUGAGGAGGACAGCAUGACCUGGCGUGCCAAAGCCCAGGAGCAUGACCACAGCCUGGCCCGCAGCUUGGAGUACUGCACUGCAAGAGACGAGAUAAACGAGCUCAAAGAGUCAUUCAAAGAUAUCAAAAAGAAAUUCAACAAUUUGAAGUUUAAUUACACUAAAAAAAAUGAAAAAGCUCGGAAUCUGAAGGCUCUUAAAUAUCAAAUUCAGCAAGUUGAUAUGUAUGCAGAAAAAAUGCAGGCUUUGAAAAGGAAAAUGGAAAAAGUUUUUAAUAAAACUUCUGAUUCUUUCUUAAAUUAUCCAAGUAGUAAAGUUAAUGUCCUUUUGGAAGCCAUGAAGGAUCUGCAAAAACAUGUGGAUGACUUUGACAAAGUUGUGACAGAUUACAAGAAGAAUUUGGACCUGACUGAGCAUCUCCAGGAGAUAAUAGAAGAGUGCCACUUUUGGUAUGAAGACGCAAGUGCCACAGUUGUAAGAGUUGGAAAAUAUUCCACAGAGUGCAAGACAAAAGAUGCUGUGGAAAUUCUCCACCAGCAGUUCAAUAAAUUUAUCGGGCCUUCAGUGCCUCAGCAAGAAGAAAGGAUUCAGGAGGUCACCAACCUUGCUCAGCACUUAUAUGGUUUGGAAGAAGGGCAGAAAUACACUGAGAAAAUAGUGGCAAAACACAAAGAGGUUCUUGAAUCCGUUACUGAAUUAUGUGGGUCUCUCACGGAACUUGAAGAAAAAUUGAAGCAGGGAGACAUUUUAAAGAUGGAUCCAAAUUUGGAAGACUUCCACGACAAUUACGUUGACCUACUAAAGGAACCAGCAAGAAAUAAGCAGACAAUAUUCAAUGAAGAAAGCAAUAAGGGGCAGGUACAGUUGGCAGAUAUUUGGGCCACCGAAAGAGCAGGGGAAGAUGGGUUUCCACAGGACCCGAAGCAGCUGUCCUUUGCCAAAAAGGGCAGCGUCCAGGGCCUGCUCCUGCCUGAAGACAUGCUGUCAGGCGAAGAAUAUGAGUGUGUCUCACCUGAUGACAUCUCCCUGCCUCCACUUCCGGGAAGCCCAGAGUCCCCCGUCGCACCAUGUGACAUGGAGGUGGAGGAGCCUUCCAGCUCCUCCCUCAGCCUUCACAUCUGCAGCCACAGGACGCAGCUGGGGACCAACUGUUCAGGGGAGGCCCAGGAAUCUGUUCUCCCACCACCAGUUGCUUUUGAGGAUGCAUGCAAUGAUAAGAGAGAAAGAUUUUUGAGGCAUUUGGAGAGGUCUUCUCCCCAAUUCAAAGCUGAGCCCCCAUUAACCUCAGGAGGAGGAUUUCUGGAAAAGAGUACUGCCUUACCCAAAAUCAAUGCUAAACCUCCAGAGAGCAUGCUGAGUGAAGUGCAUGAGACAGCUUUACAGCAGCACCCUCAGGCUCAGGAAAGUGUGCAGGGAACAUGGGAGAAAAUGCAUGCUGAUAAUAACAACGUAACUAAAACCCAAACCCCAGAUAGGCUGCAUGCUUCCUCUGAUACAUUCUCAGGCCUCAGAUUUCAAUCAGACAGCAGCUGGGGCUAUCAGAGGCAAAUGGCUCCCCGAGAAGAGAUUAAAAGCACAUCGGCAAAGAACAGCGUGGUCAGCCUAGAUGGCCAGGCUCCUAGUUUUUCCAGGCUCCUGUCUAAUGUAACUGUCAUAGAAGGUUCUCCAGUGACUUUGGAAGUUGAAGUAACAGGAUUUCCAGAGCCUACACUGACAUGGUACAAGAACGGCCAGAAAUUGUCUGCAAAUGGGUACUUACAGGUUUCACACAAGGAGACAAAGCAUUCGGUGUUCAUUCCGAAGGUAUACGAGGCAGACGCAGGCUUGUAUGUGGCUCGGGCUCAAAACUCUAGCGGCACUCUCUCUUCCAGUGUCAUCCUCCAUGUGACAGGUAACCGCAGGCCACCAAUCACACGAAUAAACUGGAUAACACUGUGUGUCGUCUAUGUUAGUGUGUCCCUAAUGUACUGGUUACUCACACAGUAACAAUGGUGUUGC